UUAAGGAACCAAUGGCAUCGGAUUCGGGUGACUAUAAAUGCGUCGCGAAGAAUAUCAUGGGGGAGAGCGAGGCUCAACUAACAUUAAAUCUUACAAAUCAAAACCUCUAUGAAAGUAAACCCUCCAACGGGCUGGCACCCAAUUUUGUUGGUAAACCGGAAAUUGUUACGGCCGAUGACGGGAAAAGCAUGGCGUUCAUAUGCAAAAUCAAGGCGAUUCCCGAAUGUCAAGUGGAAUGGUUUUACAACGAUACGCCGAUCACAAAAAUUUCGCAAUACAAAAGGAUCUCCACGAAAUCCGUAAAAUCCAAAGAGGACGACACUUACGAAUAUCAGCUGCACCUAAACUCACCCGAACCUAAAGACUCCGGCAUAUACAAAUGUCACGCUAAAAACGGUUACGGAGAAAGCAACGGCAAUUUAUCCCUCCAAAUCGAUGAUGAGAUGGAAGACACUGAAGAAAAUAAAGAAAACAUAAUUAAUCGAAGGAAAAGUGCUUUUCGGUGCAACAUCGAAAAACCUGUCAUCAAAUUCGAGAGUGGCGGCAAAAAUAUGACGAUCGAAUUCAAGGUUAAUACCAAUUCGGAAGAUAAGAAUCCUAGAUUGGAAUGGUUCAAGGACGACAAAAUUUUGAAAAUGCCUCGUUCCCCCACCGGUAACAGAAUGUACGUGACGGACAAACGUCUAUCCAAUGUCGAAACUGUAUACGUGUUGCACCUGAACAACUUAGAUAUUUCGGAUCAAGGAACUUACAAGCUGAUCAUGCACACUAAAGAUGGCGGCUCCCAUUCUUCUGAAGUCAUUCUGCACCUGAAUAAGGAGGAUGAUAGUACCAUGGAAAUCGAAAAUAGAAGAAAAUCGUCCAUCAUGAAAGUUCUAAAGUUUCUGUCUGCUUUAAAGGACCAGGUUGCUCAAGUGGGCGGAAAUGCAAAGUUCACGUUCACGAUGCAAGAUUCCAGAAGAUUUAAAAUCACUUGGUUCAAAGAUGAUAAGGAAUUGGACAAAACGGAUUUGAAAUAUCAAAUAUACUCGGAGACGAACAGCGAAAACGAAACGGUGGAUACGUUGGAGUUGCUCGAUAUAAAAGCGAAAGACGCGGGCAAAUAUAAAGUCAUCGUGAACGACGGUAAACAAGCCAUAACCCAAACCGCUACCUUGACCGUCCUCAAAGGACCUAACGCUGAAGAAUUUGAACCAACCUUCAUAGGAAAACCGGAAAUAGUAGCAGCGGAAGACGGCAAACAUAUGAUGUUAAAAUGUAAAUUGAAGGCUAAUCCGGAAUGCAAGAUUCAGUGGUUUUACAACGAGAAGCCUAUAGCAUCUACCCCUCAGCACAACAGGAUAUCUACCAAAUUCUCUAAACUCAAGGAUAAGGACGCGUACGAAUACGUUUUAAUCUUAAACUCACCUAUUAGCAUGGACUCAGGGAUAUACAAGUGUCACGCCCAAAAUAAAUACGGAGAUAGCAAUGCUAACAUAUCUCUUCAAAUAGAUGAAGAGAUGAAAUUGGAAGAUCAGGAAAAAUCUAAACGGGACGAUGCACUUCGCAGAAGGAAAAGUUCUUUUUAUUGCAACAUUGACGAACCCGUCAUCGUAUUUGAGAACGAUGGGAAGGACAUGGUCAUAAAUUUUAAGAUCACCACAAAUUCCGAGGAUAAAGAUCCCAGAUUGGAAUGGUUCAAAGACGGCAAGACUAUCAAGGUUUCUAAUGUGCCUCAUCCCAGGGAGAGGAUGUACGUUAACGGGCGACAUCUAACGGACAUUCAAUCUAUGUAUUCGUUGCACGUCAAGGAUCUUGAUCUUCCAGAUGAAGGUGUCUACAAAUUGAUCGUUCAUACUAAAGAUGGCGGCUCCCACACUUCGGAAGUUAUAUUGCAUCUAAAGAAAGAAGAAGAAAAGGAUCAAAAGGAAGCAAAGGUCAUCAAAUUUUUGUCCGAAUUAAUUAACCAGGACGCCCGCUUAGGCCAAAGCGUGAAGUUUGUCUGUAGGUUCGAAGGCGGGAAGAACGCCAAGAUAUUAUGGUUCAAAGACGGGGUACAAAUAAACCAAGGAGUGAGAUAUAGAAUUAGUUCGACCUUCAACGGAAAUGAAACAAUUUCCACUUUAGAAAUCCCCAAGUUCGAUCCCACCGAUGCUGGAAUUUAUAAGGUAUCCAUUACGGACGGAAGGAAGAACAUUUUCCAAACAUCCGAGUUGAAGAUGGCAGACGAUGUCGAACCCAAAAAUAAAAUGGCCGCCGAUCAAAGAAUCGCAGGGGUGGCACCGUUCUUCGUCGGUAAACCGGACAUAGUAACUUCGAGUGACGGGAAAACUAUGAGCAUAAUUUGCAAAGUUCAAUCGAAUCCCGAGGGCACUUACGAAUGGUAUUAUAACGAUAAACCGAUUUCCGCUACGCCGCAGCACAAGCGAAUUUCGCUGAAAAAUUUGAAAUUGCCAGAGAAGGACACUUACGAGCACAUACUAAUUUUGAAAUCGCCAGAACCAGCUGACUCUGGAUUAUAUAAAUGUCACGUGAAAAAUCCUCACGGUGAAGGCAACGCUAAUAUCAGCCUCCAAAUUGAUGACGAAAUGCUGGGAGCGAAAAAAAAGGAAGAAGACCUCACCGUUCCCAAGAAUAUGUGGAGACGGAAGAGUUCGGUCCGCUGCAAAGUAGAUCAACCCAACGUAAUUUUCGAAAAAGAUGGGAAAAACUUGAUAAUAGAAUACAAGUGCACUACUAACUCCCAGGAUAAGAAUCCGAGGUUAGAAUGGUUCAAAGAUGGAAAGCCACUCAAAUUGACGACAUCGCCCGUCAGAAACAGAGCGUAUUAUAAGGUCAAACCCGUAUCCGACACCGAAAAUUUAUACACCCUAUGCCUCAACAAUGUAGAGCCCAAUGAUGGAGGAGUGUACAAGCUGAUUAUACACACUCAGGAUGGUGGGUCAUAUCCGGCUGAAGUUGUUCUAAGACUAGAUGAAAAAAAAGAUGAGAAAGAUGAUAAAGAAUCUAAGCAAAUCGUCGUUGAAAAGCCCAAAAUUCUUAAAUUUUUAUCACAAUUGAAUGAUCAAGCCGCAAUUCUGGGCGAAUCUGUCAAGUUCCUGUGUAAGGUCCCUGACUCGAAGGACAUAAAAGUUACCUGGUUCAAGGACGGUAGAGAAAUAAACAAAACGGGUCUCAGUUACAAAAUCCACUCCGAGCCCGCUAAGAACGGCGAAACGGUGUACGUAUUGGAGCUACUCAACGCGAACCCUUCCACUUCCGGUACUUACAAAGUCGUAAUCGCCGACGGAUCGCGAACCGAUUCCCAGACAGCGACCUUGAAAGUGUCUCCCGCCAAAAAGAUUAAAGAUCAGGAAGAGGAAGGAGAGAAAGCAAAAAAGAAAAUGGCCGUCGAUAAGAAAGUUAGCGAAGAAGAAGAAGAAGGAGGUAGGAGUAAGAAGACUGAAGAAGUGAUUACGGAAGAAGAUAAAAGUCACCUAACACCGCAAAAAAGAUCCAUCCCAUCCGAAUCAGCUGAUCAACAUAUUGCUAAAAAACCUAGUAAAACAGAUGAACUAGAUGUUUCUUCCCCAAGGAAAACUACCGAGAUAUAUGAACACGAACCAAAGGAUCGUAAACUUUCAUCCCAUAAAGAUUCUAUCAUAAAGGAUACGGAAAUCACUGAAUUCGACGAAUCCGAUAUGCCCGUAUUAAAAAAAGCUGACCGCCAGCUUCCCGGUCCUCACAUGUUGAAGCGGACCAAAUUAACGACUUCGGUAACCCCCGAGCCCGCUGAGGAUACCACUAAAAAGCCCAAAAUAGAAAGUGGGGGUGAUCAAACGCCUAGGAGUAGCGUCGUUGGAAAGCCGACUAUUGUGCCAUCCAAAACUAAAGGUAAUGAAUCGAUAACACCCACUAUUACAACUACCACCGUUAGUCCUACCCCGAUGGCCAUACCUUCUACUAGUCAACCAUCUUCUAAGGAUAAAGAUAGUCGCGCUUCGUUAGACACUGCAGGGAUCAUUAAGAAACCCCGAGUAUCCUUUUCGACUCUCGUUGAAACUCGUGAAAUUCCUUCUCCCACGCUCACCAUGGAAUCAUCACUUGACUCUUCCAAACAAGUUAAACCCACACUGAUAGCCACGACUAAACCCGUAGAGACGGGCUCUAUAAAUGUUGCCAGCAUUUCAAGCAUCGGUACUCCUUCUACCGCCUCAGCCCCACUGAAACGCCCUAGCGCAGUAGAGGUCAAGCAAGUUGACAGAAAAUCAUCGCAAAAUAUUCCCACGACCCAACCAAUAGCAACGACGAGUUCCACUUUUCACGUGGCAGCUACCACAGCCACCAAAGCUUUAACUACCACAUCGGUCACCACGGUUACUUCUACUACAGACAGUACUAGAAAAUCCUUGCAAAUUCCUCAAAAAACACCCAUAGUGACUUCCACUUCCACCAUAACUACCGCUACACUUUCCGCCCAACCGGAUACUUCGCCAGGCUCUCCUAGCUCUGCCUAUUCUCUGUCUCCUAUCAAGGAACCAUCUCCAACCCCUAAUAAACAGUUACCAGGUCCUCACAUGCUAAGAAAGUCUAUCGGGCAACCCUCUACUCCUCCACUUUCCCGUAAAAGCUCAACUAUGAACCAACAAGGGGAAACUGCCCCUUCCCCUCUUCCUCCCCUCAUAAACGUGGAACGGCGCCCUUCGCUCGUCGAGCUCGAAAAGAAGAUGUUUAGAAAACCCACGUUAACCGGUACUACUUCCAUAUCAGGAACCUCCUCACUGGCCAUGGGGGAAUCAUUCCUGGCUCCUUCAUUAAGACCCGGAGAAAGACGGUCUUCGGCAGCUCCUGGUACCAAACCCCAAAAGACCUUAGAACAAACGAAACAAAGAUUUUUUGGCGAGCCAGAUAAAACCAAAAAGUUGAAAGCGACCCCGGGUCCUGGUACCCCGCCUUCAUUUGUUCAAGCCCCAAACAAUGUUUUGAUUCUAGAUGGUGAUACUGCUGAGAUUACGGCUAUAAUCGCUGGCAAUCCCGCUCCAAAAGUCAGGUGGUAUAAAGGAGAGCGCGAGAUUCUUCAAGGAGGCAGAUUUUGGAUGUACAUAGACGAUUUCGAAAAUUCGGUAACCUUACAAAUUCGUAAAGCUCGCGAAAGAGAUGACGGUCAAUACCUGUGCAAGAUCGAGAAUAGGAAUGGAACGGAACAAUCUUUAUUCAAAGUUUUCGUCAAAGCGUCUGACGGACUUGACUUCCGCGCCUUAUUGAAACACAGGGAAUACGAAAAAUGGGAACUGGAUGAGAAUGAUCCCAAUUGGGGAGAACUGAAACAGCAGGAGGAAGAGGAAUUGCUCAAAGAAAAAUUAAAGCCUGUUGAAGAGUUCGAAAAAAAUCUAUGCGACAAAUAUUGCAAGGAAAAAACGGACCCGAGCGUUGAAUUCGAGUGCAUAUACUUCAAACCGGAUACUAAACCCAAAUGGUACAAGGACAAAACGGAAAUAUUUCCGGGUUUGAAAUACGGCAUUAAAACGAACGGGAAAUACCAGCAAUUAAUAAUUAAAAACCCGACGAGGGAAGAUAAAGGGAAAUAUAUAUGCGUUUGUGGCACCUGUCAAACUCAGGGGAACUUAUACGUGGCAGAACCCGACCCCAUUUUCUCCUUCAAGAAAUUAUUGCCCAAACACGUUGAAAUAGACAUGGGUAAGAUGCCAACGUUAGAAUGUCAAGUCAACGAUAAAAGAGCUCCCGUGACGUGGUACUUUAAAGGACAGCCUAUUGACAUUGACGCAAAGUAUGGCAUAGCGAAGGAUUUGAUGGGGAGAUGCACUUUAAAAAUCACGGAUUGUCGUUUAGAGGAUGCUGGAGAAUACGUUUGCAAAAUUAACGAUCAAACUUACACAUCUACCAUAUUAAACGUUUUAGAACCGAAAUAUCAGUUUAUACGAGGAUUAAAAUCUCAAAAAGUGAAUGAGAAGGAUUUGGUUGCUAUGGAAUGCGAAGUUAGCGAUAAAGAUGCUCACGUGAUCUGGUUUAAGGGUAAAAACGCUAUUAAAGAAGAUGACAAGAGAUAUGUUUUGGAGGUUGCCGGCAAGAAAAGAAAGUUACUGAUCGAAAAAUGUGCUCUGACAGACGAGGACCAAUACAGCUGUCAAACUAACGCUGACGAAACUGACUGUCAUCUUACGAUUGAACCUGCUAACAUCUUCUUGAAGGCUUUAAAGAAUUUGAAAGGUGUGACUAGGCAAAAAUUGACGCUGGAAUGCCAAGUUAAGGAUCCAACCGAGCCUGUCAAAUGGCUUAAAGACGGAAAACUAAUAAAACCAGGCGGAAGAUUUCAAAUCGAAACGGACAAAUCUACGGGUACCUUAAAAUUGAACAUUAACGACGCGGAGUUGGACGAUGCCGGGGAAUACACUGUUGAAUCCGGAAAUAUCGCCUCAUCUUGUAGAUUAGAAAUGCAGCAAGGUGACAUACCGCCAAAAUUGAUCGCUCCAACUGAAACUAUAGUUGGCAAAGUCGAAACCCCUUUGGACAUUUUGAUUCCAUAUGACGGUUCUCCCGGGAAAGUUACGUUGAUGAAGGACGGGAAACCCUUGAAAAGAGGCGAUGUUGACGUUAAAGUUACUCCUCAAGGUAUCGCGAUAAAGUUCAAGAAACCGCGAAGGGACGAUACGGGGACUUAUCAGCUGGAAAUGAUAAAUACAGCUGGAAGUGACACUAUUCCUUUAAAUCUACAAAUCAUAGAGAAAUCGGGCACACCCGAAGGUCCACUAGAAGUGAAGGAUAUCAACGAAGACCGCUGUACCUUAAGUUGGAAAGCCCCAAAAGAUACAGGAGGAACUGAUAUCAAAAAUUAUGUGAUCGAAAAACAAGAUGUUAAAUCAAAAGCCGGGUGGGUUCAAUGUGGAAUUGCUGAAGCAUGCUCAUUUAAAGUCGAGGGUCUGGAGGCGAAGCACCAAUAUAAAUUUCGCGUUAAAGCCAUGAAUUCUGCUGGUCUAUCAGAACCCUUAGUAACUGUUACGCCUAUCAUUGCCAAGAAACCAUAUGACGAGCCCUCUAAACCGAACGAUCUCGAAGUGACAGACUGGGGAAAGGAUUUCGCGAAAUUAAAGUGGAAAGCUCCCGCCAGCGAUGGCGGAGCUCCUAUAACAGGAUAUGUCGUUGAAUCCAGGUACAAAAAUCAGAAAGAUUGGAAGAAAAUGAAAGAUUUGAAACCCGACAAAUUGGAAACUACCAUCGAUAAAUUGAAAGAAGGUGAUGAGAUGGAAUUCAGAAUAACGGCAGUUAAUGACGCAGGUCCGUCUGAACCUAGCAAUGCCUCGAAUACUAUAAAAUUAAAGGAUCGCUUUGUGUCGCCAAAAAUUGACGAUAUCAAGAUGAAGGAUUUAGUUGUCAAGGCUGGCGGAACGAUUGACUACGACAUUCCAGUGAGUGGUGAGCCUGCGCCUGAAAACCAUUGGUACGUGGGUAAAGAUGACAAGGACAAAGUGGAACUCAAAAGUGGUGAUCGUGUCACCAUUAAAAAUACGGAUAAAGGAACGAAAUUGACUAUCAAAUCCGCCCAAAGAGGAGAUACGAAUCCGUACCUAUUGAUAUGCACGAAUAGCUCUGGCACUGUAAAAGCGAGCGCGAACGUUUUAGUCGUAGAUAAACCUCAAGUUCCCAAAGGACCUCUGGAUGCGUCAGAAAUAUCCAAAAAUUCGGUCACCUUAUCGUGGACCAAACCGGACGACGAUGGAGGAGAUCCCAUUACCUACGUUGUCGAAAAACAAGAUACUAAAGGUGGGCAACAAUGGGUGAAAUGCGGCGAAACUAAAAGUGAAAAACUGAAGAUAUCCGAUCUCGAAAAUAAGACUCCCUAUAAAUUUAGAGUGAAAGCUGUCAACAAAUACGGAGAAUCUCUGCCUUUAACAACAGCUGUUCCGGUGUUGGUGAAGGACCCUUUCGAUGAACCCGAUAAACCCGGAAAUGUAGAAGUGGUCGAUUGGGACAAAAAUAGGAUGGACAUAAAAUGGACUCCACCUAAAAAAGAUGGCGGUGCUCCAAUAACGGAUUACGUAAUCGAGAAAAAAGAAAAGAACGAUAAAGAUUUCGCCCCGGUUGGCACCGUUCCUUCGAGCGUGAACGCCUUCACCAUCGAUGGACUGAAAGAAGGUGGCAAUUAUCAGUUCAGGGUCAGGGCGGUAAACAAGGCCGGACCAGGAACUCCUAGCGAACCUACUAAACCUCAGGAAGCCAAAGCCAGAAACGUAAAACCAAGAAUCGAUAAACGCGCCAUAGAGAAGGAAAUUAUAGUUAAAGUAGGGGAAGUCGUACACUUCGAACUUCCCAUUAAAGGAGAACCCCCGCCAGAAAAGAUAUGGACCUUUAAAGAGAAACCAAUUAAAUCUCAAGAUCGGUAUGAAUAUACGCAUAUAUAUUAUAAGACGCGCCUAUAUUAAUUGUUAAAUUUUUAUAGUUUAACGAUUGUGAACGAAGAUUAUAAGACCAUUUUUACCAUCAAAGACGCUCAAAGGGCCGAUAUGGGAACAUACACGAUAGUAGCCAAAAAUGACUCUGGAUCCGACACAGCUGUUGCGAAUAUAACCGUGAUAGGAAAACCGUCAAAGCCUAAGGGGCCUUUAGAAGCUAAAGAAAUAUUUUCAGACAGAUGUAAGCUGAGUUGGGAAAAGCCUGAGGACGAUGGCGGUACGCCCAUAACAAAUUACGUGAUCGAAAAAAUGGAUAUGAAGAAGCGGAAGUGGGAAAAGGUGGGAGAAACAGCUGGGCAAGAACCAACAUUUAACGUAACUGGGCUAAACCCUGGCAGCGAAUACAAAUUUAGAGUGAAGGCUAUCAAUAAAGAAGGCGAAUCAGAUCUCUUAGAAAUCGAUCAGCCGAUAUUGGCAAAGGAUCCAUGGAAUCCUCCUAGUGCGCCGAAUAAUCCAGUCGUAACGGACGUGGAUAAAAACGCGAUCACCGUAAAAUGGGAACCUCCGGAGAGCGACGGCGGUGCGGCUAUAGAAAAUUACGAAGUGGAGUUUAAGCCUAAAGGGGGAUCAUGGACAAAGGGCCCUAAAGUUUCGGCUAGCAGGAACGAAGCUGAAGUUCCGGGAUUGAAAGAAGGCACCGAAUACGAGUUUAGAGUUAAAGCUCUAAAUAAGGCAGGAGCCGGGGAACCUAGCAAAGCAACCUUGCCCGUUUUAGCUAAAUCCAGACCGUGUCCUCCGAAAAUAGAUAAAAGUGUGAUCCACGACAUAGUACUGAAAAAGGGGCAGAAAUUUGAACUGAGCAUCCCGGUUAGCGGUCAACCGCCACCCGAGAAAACGUGGACUUUGGAAAAAUGUCCGUUAGAGUCGGAUUCAAAUUUGAAAAUCGUGAACGACGAUAAAUCGAGCAAAAUAGCCAUAAAAUCAGCUGACAGGAAGCAUACCGGAAGCUACCAUCUUUCCGUUAAAAAUCCGUCCGGCAAAGAUGAGGCCACUCUAAAUAUAACCGUUCUAACCGAACCUACCCCACCCAACGGUCCAUUGGAGGUUACCGAUAUAUUUGCGGAUAAAUGCAGUUUAUCAUGGAAAAAACCGGAAGAUGACGGCGGUUUACCCGUGGACAAAUAUUUGGUAGAAAAAAUGGAUACUGAUAGACCCGGGACUUGGUUACCUGUCGCUGAAAUUUCUGGCACAGCUUGCGUUGUUGAAAAUUUGGUAGCCAAAAAGCAGUAUAAAUUUAGAGUGAAAGCCAUAAAUUCCCAAGGUUCAUCAGAACCCUUAACACUGGAAACUCCAAUUAUAGCUAAGAAUCCAUGGGACGAAGCCGACCCACCUGGUGAUCCACAAGUGACCGAUUGGGAUAAAAAUAGGAUCGACAUAAAAUGGACCCCUCCAAAGAAAGAUGGAGGAGCCCCGGUUACGGCGUACGUAAUCGAAAAAAAGGAGAAAGGAUCCCCUAACUGGUCCAAGGCUAUGGAGGUUCCAGCUGAUAAAUGCGAAGCGUCUGUUCCUAACUUGAUUGAAGGGACAACUUACGAAUUUAGAGUUAAGGCUGUCAAUCUGGCCGGCCCUGGAUCACCUAGCAAUGCAUCCAAUCCACAAAUCGCUAAAGCUAGAUUUGUGGCGCCAAAAAUUGACAAAUCGAAAUUGAAGGACAUUACACUAAAAGCAGGACAGAAACUUGAUAUAAAUCUUCCUGUGUCGGGUGAACCUCCUCCUGAAAAGACAUGGUUUUUGAAAGGCAAACCGAUAGAUAAACGCGAUUUUACUCAAAACGAUACUGACACAGCUACGAACUUGCAGAAGAAAGGUGUACAAAGAGGAGACACUGGAGAAUAUACUCUAAAAGUUAAAAACGAUACAGGAGAAGAUGAAGCCGCGAUUCAUGUUACAGUAUUAGAUGUUCCUUCUGUUCCAGAAGGUCCUUUGAGAAUAUCGGAUGUCACCAAGACGUCCGCGAAAUUAUCGUGGAAUAAGCCCAAGGAUGACGGUGGUUGCGAUAUAGAAAAUUACAGGAUUGAGAAAUUCGAUAAAUCCACCGGAAAAUGGACAUUAGCCGAUGAAACGACGGACGAAGGGAUUACCGUUUCCAAUUUGACCCCCAAUAAAAUCUAUAAAUUUAGGGUUAAAGCUGUAAAUAGCGAAGGCGAAAGUGCUCCCUUGACCAACGAAACCGAAAUUUUAGCUAGAAAUCCAUAUGACGAACCUGGCAAGCCCACGAAACCGAAAAUCGACAAUUGGGAUACGGACUUUGUUGAAUUGAGUUGGAAUCCACCGGAUAAUGAUGGCGGAAAUCCUAUCCAAUCUUAUAUUGUCGAGAAAAAACCCAAGUUUUCUUCCUUCUGGGAGCCCGCGCUCGAGGUCCCAUCGAAUGAAACGAGCGCGAAAGUGCCUAAUCUAACGGAAGGCGAUGAAUAUCAGUUUAGAAUCAAGGCUGUCAACGACGCGGGACCUAGUGAACCGUCAGAUGCGUCCGAUGUUGUGAAGGCUAAACCCCGUUUCGUUGCGCCUAAAAUCGAUAAAAGAAAAAUCGAGGAUAUUAAGAUAAAAGCCGGAGAAACGUUAGAAAUCGCUUUACCCGUUACUGGCGAACCUCCUCCGGAAGCAAAAUGGACUUCGAAUGGCCAGGUAAUAGUGCCUGGAGUUGGGACCGAUAUUAAGACUACCGAAAUCGCUAAAUUAACGAAGAAAAACGCGCAAAGGGGUGAUUCUGGCAAAUAUGUUUUGACGAUAAAAAAUAGUGUCGGGGAAGAUCAAGCCGAAAUUAAUGUUAUAGUUUUAGAUAAACCCUCCACUCCAGAAGGUCCCCUAAAGAUAUCCGAUAUAACGAAAUCCUCUUGUACGUUAACUUGGGAUGAGCCAGAGGACAAUGGCGGAUCCGACAUUCAGCGGUACAUGAUAGAAAAGAUGGAUCCGGAAGACGGGAAAUGGGAAUUGGCGGGAGAUUGUAAAGGAACCGAGUUCUCGGUCGAAACGCUCACUCCUAACCAUACCUACAAGUUCAGAGUCAAAGCGGUUAAUCGCCAAGGACAAUCAGAACCCUUAACGUCUAGAGAGGCCAUACUUGCUAAAAAUCCUUUCGACGAACCAGAUAAGCCCGGGCAACCGCAGGUGACAGAUUGGGAUAAGGACCAUGUCGAUUUAGAAUGGUCUCCCCCGCUUAACGACGGGGGUUCGCCAAUAACGGCCUUCCUGAUAGAGAAGAAAGACCCCUUAAGUGGUACGUGGGUCAAAGUUAAGGAAGUUCCGCCAAAUCAACCUAAAGCCACUAUCGAUAAUCUACUCGAAGGCGGAGAAUAUUCGUUUCGCGUUAAGGCCGUCAACAAAGCGGGCCCAAGUCAACCCAGCGAUCCUUCAAGAGCUAUAAUCGCCAAACCGCGAUUUCUCGCCCCCAAACUGGAUAAGCUCGCUUUGCAAGAUCUGAAAGUGAAAGCUGGUACGCCUAUCGAAAUUAAGGUGCCUAUGCAGGGCGAACCUCCUCCAGAUGUUGAGUGGAAAAUAAAUGACAAAGUGGUGGUCCCUAAAGACAGAACAUCGAUAGAGAAUAAACCGAACUUUACGUUUAUAAUCAUUGGAGAUUCGAAAAGAUCGGAUAGCGGAAGAUUUACCCUAACUCUCACGAAUACUUCCGGAACCACUUCCGGUUCCUGUAACGUGACAGUCAUAGACAAGCCGUCUGAGCCCGAGGGCCCUCUAAACGUUUCAAAAAUUACCAAGGAAAGUGCUCAGUUAUCUUGGAAGCCUCCUGCCGAUGAUGGAGGAUGCCCAGUAGAAAAUUACGCCAUUGAAAAAUACGACGUUUCGCGCGAUAAUUGGACACACGUAGCCGAUACGCAAGAUACGUCCUUCAAGGUUCCCAAAUUGAUCGAAGGGAAAAAAUAUAAAUUCAGGGUAAAAGCAGUUAACAGUCAGGGUGAAUCUAAACCCUUAAUAACGGAAAAGGAGAUUAUCGCCAAGAAUCCAUAUGACGAAUCUUCUCCUCCCACUAACGUCGAGGUAGUGGAUUACGAUAAAGAUAGAGUCGUUCUAAAAUGGGAUCCUCCGGCUAAAGAUGGCGGAGCACCUAUUGAAAAAUAUAUCAUCGAAAAAAAAGAUAAUGCAACGGGUUUAUGGAUUCCUGCUAUAGACAUUUCUGGGGAUAAUACGCAAGCUACGGUCCCUAACCUGUCGGAAAAUCAUGAAUACCAGUUUAGAGUAAAAGCCGUGAAUAAAGCCGGCGAGAGUAAGCCUAGCGAAGCCACGGUUCCUAUAAUCGUUAAGCCCAAAUUUCUUGCACCAAAGAUUGACCGAUCCGCUAUGCAGGAUAUAAAGGUCAAAGCUGGCCAAACCUUUAAAUUGAAUGUACCAUUUGUCGGGGAGUCUGCGCCAACGGUUGUUUGGACUAGGGAAUCGAUACCGAUAAAUAAAUCCGAUCCAAGAGUGAGUAUCGAUAAUACUACCAAAAAUACGAUAUUAAAUGUCGAGAACGCUAAGCGCGAGGAUACCGGUCCCUAUACGUUGACGCUCAGUAAUCCAACUGGCACGGACACUCAUACAAUAAACGUAAUCGUGUUAGAUGUUCCUUCUCCGCCUAAAGGUCCUCUGCAAAUCAGCGAUGUAACGAAAGAUAGCGCAACUUUGAAUUGGAAACCACCCGAGGAUAAUGGAGGAGCGGAUAUAGAUAACUACACGGUCGAAAAAUUCGACGAAAAGGCGGGUAAUUGGGUUCCGGUUAGUAGCUUUGUAGAUGGAACAAAAUUCACGGUCCCGAAAUUAAUCGAAGGCCAUAAUUACAAAUUUCGAGUUAUGGCCGAAAAUAUUUACGGAUUGUCAAAACCGCUCGAAUGUACCGAGUCUAUAAAAGCUAAAAAUCCCUACGAUAAGUCGCAACCUCCUUCCCAACCCAUAAUCGAAGAUCAGGAUUUUAAUAACAUUGCCAUCUCUUGGGAUAAACCUAGAAAUGAUGGAGGCUCGCCAAUCAAAGGAUACGAUGUCGAGAGAAAAGACUGCAAAACGGGUAGAUGGGUCAAAGUCAAUCCUCAAUUAAUUAAGGAUACUAAUUUUAAUGACGACACAGUGACUCCUAAUCGUGAUUACGAGUAUCGCGUGGUUGCUGUAAAUGCCGCUGGUCCAAGUGAACCCAGCCCUUCAUCAUCCAUCGUUACUGCCAAACCACCAUUCACUGCACCUACAGCACCAUCACAGCCAAAAAUAACAGACUGGGAUAAGAAUAGAGUGGAUUUAUGCUGGGAUGCGCCUUUAAGCGAUGGUGGUUCCCCGAUAACAAGUUACGUAAUUGAAGCCAAGGAAGGAAAGGGAGUAGGAGAUUUCGCCAAGGUGGCAGAAAUUCCCGCCACAUCUGAGCCCACCAUUAAUUUUACCCUCAAUAAUUUGGACGAAGGUGGAGAAUAUCAAUUUCGGGUGGUGGCCGUUAACAAAGCCGGCCCAGGAGAAGCUAGUAUACCAACCGCUAAACAUCUAUCAAAAGAUAGAUAUGCUGCUCCUAAAAUUGGACCAUUUGCUUUGCAAGAUUUAAGAGUUAAAGCUGGGCAAAAAAUAGAAUUUAUCAUUCCAAUAAGUGGGGAACCAACUCCUGACGUAAUCUGGACACGUGAUGAUCAAGAAUUAAAAACAGAUGGCAGAACAUCUGUUAAAAAUACGGAAAAAGACACGACCAUUAUCAUAUGGGAAGCAGAGAGGGGGGAUGCUGGUAAAUGGUGUUUAACUUUGAAAAAUGAUUCAGGGAAAGAUACAGCGACUUGUAAUGUUAUUGUUUUAGAUAAGCCAUCAGCUCCAACUGGCCCAUUAAAAGUGUCUGAUUUGACUGCCGAGGGUUGCACCCUAAGCUGGAAACCACCUAAAGACGAAGGUGGUUGCAAUUUAAAUAAUUAUAUAGUCGAAAAAAUGGAUUUGGCUAAUGGAUUUUGGGAGGAAGUAGGAACGACUCCUGCUGAUGAAUGCGAAUUUGAUGUUGGAAAAUUAUCUAAAGAUCACGAAUACAAAUUCAGGAUUAAAGCGGUAAAUAAAAUGGGCGAGAGUGAACCGCUCUCAACUCGCGAUACGAUCGUCGCGAAAAAUCCGUUUGAUACGCCUGAUAAGCCCGGAACUCCCGAGAUUUUGGAUUGGGAUAAAAACAAAGUUGAAAUGUCUUGGGAACCACCCAGAAAAGAUGGCGGUUCCCCUAUAACUGGAUACGUUAUCGAAAUGCGAGACGUUUCAUAUGUUGAUCCUGCCAUGAUUUCCAGUAUUCCAUGGUCCCCGGUGUCAAUCAACGACAUUGUAUUUCCGUCACCGCAAAAUAAGAUACUCACUGCUAUACCACCUGAUAUCACUAGAUUGACUGUCGAUAAUUUAAAUCACGGAGAUAGUUAUCAAUUCAGAGUCAAAGCCGUGAAUAAAGGAGGGGACGGUCAACCAAGUGACCCAUCACGAACAAUUAUUGCAAAGUCUAGAUUCGUUAUGCCCUACAUCGAUGAAGCCUACCUUGAGGAUGUUAAGGUAAAUGCCGGGGAUACUCUUGUAAUAAAAGUUCCUAUAAGUGGGGAGCCUACCCCUGAUGCCAUUUGGACCGUUAAUGGCAAGGAACCUGGAUCCGAAUAUAGUAUAGAAUAUACUGACACAUAUACCACUAUUGUAUUGCCAAAUGCUCAAAAGACGGAUGGGGGGAAAUACGCUUUAACCUUACUUAAUAAUGUUGGUACUGUAUCUGCGUCAUGCAAAGUUACCGUUUUAGAUGUACCUUCAACUCCCGAGGGGCCAUUGGAAGUAACUGGAGUGACGGAAGAUAGCGCAACGCUAAAAUGGAAACCUCCUAAGGAUGAUGGUGGAUCGGAUAUAACUGGUUAUCUCGUAGAGAAGAUGGAUAUGCAUAGAGGAUCGUGGGUACCUGUUGCCGAAACUACAGACACUAAAUUUAAGGUUCCAAAAUUAGCUAAAGGUCGGGAAUACAAAUUUAGAGUAAAAGCUAUCAAUGAUAGUGGACAAUCUGCUCCCCUAGAAACGACAAAAUCGAUUAUAGCCAAAAAUCCAUAUGAGAAAUCUUCUGCACCGGAAGAUGUCGAAUUAGUUGAUUGGGGAAGUAAUUUUGCUGAAGUUAAAUGGAGCCCUCCAGAAGAUGAUGGCGGCUCUCCGAUUCAGAAAUACAUUAUAGAAAAGAAAGAAAAGUUAUCUACUCAUUGGACGCCCGCCUCCGAAAUUCCUGGCGGUAAAAAUACAGGAAAAGUAACAAAUCUAGUGGAGGGAAACGAGUAUGAAUUUAGGGUGGUACCCGUAAAUGCAGCGGGAUUGGGGGAAGCGAGUGAAUCCACCGGAUUAAUUACCGCGAAGUCAAGAUUUAUGCCGCCAAAAAUUGGUCCCAUGAAAGAUGUUAAAGUUAAAGCCGGUCACAAUGUUGAUUUCGUGGUCACUUACCAGGCUGCCCCUGAACCAGAUGUUAUUUGGUCCAUCGAUAGUAAAGAUCUAUCACCCAAUGAUAGAAUAUCGAUCACGCACAAUAAAAGCGAGAUUAAUUUAAUUAUAAGAAACGCCGUGAGGGCGGAUUCCGGACCCUGUACGCUUAAAUUAACCAAUCCACAUGGUUUUGAUUCUAAAACCAUAAGACUAGAAAUUUUGGAUAAACCAUCGCUACCGGAAGGACCUUUGAAAGUUUCCGAUAUUACUAAAGAAAGUUGCAAAUUGACAUGGAAGCCCCCUAAGGAUGAUGGAGGGAUGCCAAUAACAAAUUAUAUCGUUGAGAAAAAAGAUCUGGAAAAGGGAACAUGGUCGCCUGUUUCUCACAAUGUUACCGGAAAUACAUUCACGGUUCCUAGAUUAGCUGAAGGCAAAAAAUACGAAUUUAGAGUCAUGGCUGAAAAUGUUAACGGAAUAUCCGAGCCUUUGCUUACCACUGGUAGCAUCGUUGCCAAAAACCCAUAUGAUGUUCCUGAUCCUCCAGGAAAACCUGAAGCCGUAACACAAGAUAGAGAUAAAAUAUCUAUAAGAUGGGAUAAACCACACGAUGAUGGAGGUUCUCCUAUACUUGGCUACCUUGUCGAAAGAAGAGAUAUUAAAAGUGGACGCUGGGUUAAGCUUAACAAAUCCCCUAUAAAAGAUCAAAAUUAUGACGAUGAAGGGGUAGCCGAAGAACACGUAUAUGAGUACAGAGUAAAAGCCGUUAAUAAAGAAGGCGCGAGCGAUCCGAGCCAAACAUCCGCUAAAAUUGCCGCCAAACCGGAAAUAGAAUAUCCAAAACUACAUUUGGACCACAUAUAUGGGCGAGAAAUCAGGAUUCGCGAAGGAAAUCCUCUGAAUAUAAGCAUCCCGAUGUCUGGUUCUCCUACACCUACGGUUCAAUGGGAGAAAAACGACCGUUUAUUGUCAUCCGGCCCCAAGCUAGAGUUAGAAUCUACUAACGAUACUAUCACUUUAAAGAUACCAGCCGCUCAGAAAUCUGAUGCCGGUAAAUAUACAAUCAAAAUAUCGAAUCCAGUAGGAUCCGAUACAGCCGAUCUAAAAGUCGUCAUUUUAGGUCCUCCCAAUGAACCAGUUGGUCCCCUUAAAUAUGAAGAUGUUAGCGCUAAAUCAAUAGUAUUAUCCUGGAAUCCUCCAGAAGAAUUGGAUGGCUCUGAAAUAACUGGUUACGUGGUCGAAAAACUAGAAGAUGGACAAUGGAAGAAGGUUCCUGGCAUUGUAAGCGGAACCAAAUUUAAGGUAGAUGAUUUGGAAGAAGGCGUAUCUUAUAAAUUCAGAGUUAAGGCCGAAAAUAUAUAUGGUACUAGCGAACCGUUGGAGGGAUCAUCAGUCACCGCCAAAAAUUCUUUCGAAAAACCGGAGGCACCUUCCCAACCGGAUGUUGUUGACUACGGACCGUCUCACGUAUCUUUGUCGUGGGAAAAGCCUAAAUUGGAUGGAGGAAAUCCCAUACAAGGUUACCUAAUUGAAAAGCGUCAAAAGAGACAAAAGGACUGGGUGCCUUGUAACACCGAACCUCUCCCGAGCACAAAUUACAUCGCUAAGGGCUUGGACGAAGACACGGAAUACGAAUUUAGGGUUAAAGCUGUUAACGAGGGAGGGGCUGGAAAGCCCUCACGCCCAACGGAAACCGUAAUAACGCGUGAACGUAUAGUAACGCCCGAUGCUCCGAAUAUUCCAAGGAUAGAGAAUAUAACGAGAAAUAGCGUUCAACUGAGUUGGGAUAAGCCCCGAAGAGAUGGCGGUAGCAAAAUCAAGGGAUAUCACGUAGAAUAUAAAUCUAAAGGAAACGAUAAUUGGCUACCAGCGAAUAGACAUCCGAUAGAAUCUCUCACAUUCAACGUAGAAGGUUUGACUCCUGGAGAAGAGUAUGAAUUUAGGGUUAGUGCCGAAAAUGAUGCGGGAAUAGGCGAACCGAGCAGACUCACUCCUGGCAUCAUAGCUCAAGAUCAACCAAAUAAACCUCAAAUCACGUGCGGAAAAUUGAAAGAUAUUGUCGUCAAAGAAGGAGACACGUUUAAAAUAGUGGUUCCUUUCACGGGCUUUCCUAAACCCGCUGCCACGUGGCAAAAUGGUGACAAAACAAUCAACGACGAUUCACGGAUCAAUAUAAAUGUAUCCGACAAUGAAGUAAUUUUCGAAAACACGAAAGCGAAACGACAAGAUAAAGGCAGAUACUCAUUGAAGCUUAAAAAUUCUAGCGGUUCAGCCGUCACGUCAGUCAACGUCAAAGUUCUAUCUUCCCCAUCAAAGCCUCAGAAUUUAUCCGUUUCGGACAUCACCGGAACCACCAUGCUCCUAAAAUGGCGCCCGCCAAAGGACGACGGAGGCGACGAGAUAUCUAACUACGUGAUAGAGAAGAGAGACCCGAGGGGAACUCAAUGGGAGCCUUUGAGCGCCUUCGUGUCUUCCGCUUCGGCUAAUCCUUCCUACACGGCAAAGAAUUUAACGCCCGGAAUUGAAUACGAAUUCAGGGUGGCAGCCGAGAACAAAUACGGAGUCGGAGAAUUCGCCGUGACCAGUGAGCCCAUCAUGGCUAAGGAUCCUUUCGGUAAACCAUCGGCCCCAUCUGCCCCGGAGGCCGUAGACACGGGAUUCGAUUUUAUAACCCUCAAAUGGAACAAACCCCAAAAAGAUGGCGGCAAACCUAUAAAAACUUAUUUGAUCGAAAAGCGCGACAUCACGAACAAGGACGACAAAUGGACCAGGUCAUCUUUCGGGAAUUUCGUUGAACCGACUUAUAAAAUUACUGGUCUUGUUCCCGAACACAAAUACGAAUUUAGAGUUUGCGGCGUGAACGAAAUAGGCGGCGGAGAGUACAGCGAACCUUCCGAUCCCAUCUUCGCUAGACCAAUGCCAUACGCGCCUAAAAUAAUUCAAGAACACCGUUCUAUCACGAUUCCAGCCGGCCAGGAAUUACUUAUCAGGAUUCCUUAUAUGGCCUCUCCAAAACCCAAGGACACGUGGACUAAAGACGGUUCCAUAAUCUCUUACGGAGAAGGCGACUUGCCCGAUAACGUCAUAUUCGAUAAUAGUGACGGAGUCGCCUCGUUAAAAAUACCUAGAGCGUCUCGCGCGGAUGCCGGAAAUUAUUCAAUCAAGUUGCAAAACGAGAAGGGAUACGAUUCCGCUAACAUUAAAGUCAAUGUGAUAGAUAAACCGUCAGAGCCUAGAGGUCCUUUAGAUGUCUCCGAAAUUUUACCCGAUUCAUGCAGAUUAUCCUGGCUACCCCCAUUGGACGAUGGAGGAUCUCCUUUAACCAAUUACGUUAUCGAAAAAAUGGACGAUAAAGGUAACUGGGAAAAGGUGACUAAUUACGUCAAAGACUGCACUUACGAAGUGCUGGGCUUGGAGGAAGGCAAAAGAUACAAAUUUAGAGUCAGCGCUGAAAACGAAUUCGGAACCAGUUCACCGCUGGAGACGGAAAAAUCUAUCAUCGCUCAAUGGCCGUUCCAAGUUCCCGAGAAACCUGGUAAACCACAAAUAUCAGAUCAAGAUAAAGAUUCUGUAGAGUUAACUUGGCAUAGGCCCCUAUCCGAUGGAGGCAAUAAAAUACAGGGAUACAGAAUAGAAUACCGAGACGUUGCCAAGGAAACCUGGAACUCCAUGCCUGUCAAUGGGCUCAUCAAAACUACCUCAUUUAGAGUUCCCGAUUUGAAGAAAGGCAUAUCUUACGAAUUCAGGAUUCUUGCCAAAAACAACGCCGGUUUCAGUAAGCCUAGCGAACCAACGGCCCCCGUUCAAGUCAAACCCAAAGCUUCUCGGCCAUCUCCGGUUAACACACCGGAUAUCGUUAAAGUCGGAAAAGAUAGCAUCGAACUUGCUUGGGAACCUCCUAGAUCAGACGGUGGCUCCAAAAUAUCGGGCUACGUAAUCGAAAUGCGACCUAAAGACAGCGAGAACUGGGUUAGACCCGUUGAUCAUUCUAUUCCCACAACUUCUUACACCCUUACUAACCUUCCACCCAAUUCAGAAUUAGAGUUUAGAGUCAGAGCGCUGAAUAAUGCUGGAGAAAGUGACCCUAGUGGAUCUACCGGACUCGUCAAAUUGAGAGAAAAACAUGGUGACAUUCCCGAAUUCAUCAGAAAGUUGAAGAAAACGAAAGCCGGUUUGAAUCAACCACUUAAAUUAGAAUGUGAAGCUACAGGGUUUCCAAUACCAGAAUCUAGAUGGUUUAAAGACGGAAUAGAGAUCUGGCCUAGCGGAAAAAUAAGGAUGAUAGAGGACGAAGGCGUCUUUACGCUCUCUUUCUCCGAUAUCACUCCCAGCGAUGCCGGGACCUAUUCAUGUCGGGCUAUAAACGAUUUCGGGAGAGACGAAACAACUUGCGAAUUAGAAAUACAAGCUCCACCAAAAAUAACGCAAUGCCCAGAUGAUAUGUUUAUCGAAGAGGGACAGAAUCUCAAAGGCAAAUUCUAUUUCACCGGCAUGGGUCCUUUCAGUUUCAAAGUUCUCAAGGAUGGAAAAGUAUUGAACGAAAGUCAGCACUUUAAAUACACGACUUUCGAUGAAUUCUUGAAUCUCCACAUUAACGAGGCUACCCUUAACGACGAAGGUAAGUAUACGUUGGUCAUCGAAAAUGAUAGCGGUUCCGACACUGGAUCCUUCAAUGUUAGAGUCAGAGGUUUACCCGGCCCACCCCACGGCCCGAUGAAGGUCACUGAUACGACCAAUCACAAGGUGACUCUCAGUUGGCAACCACCACGUGAUGACGGAGGCUCCAAGAUUAUUGGAUACGCCGUGGAGCGGAAAGAAAGAAACAAAGACAAUUGGAUAUUGGUGUUCAGUUUAUGCAAAGAUUUAUCGGCAGUGGUUAGCGGACUGACCGAAAACGGGGAAUACGACUUUAGAGUUAGCGCCAUAAACGAAGUUGGCCAAGGACCACCGCUCAAAAACGAUGAGAUCGUUAUAGCCAAAUACCCAUUCGAUCCGCCAGGUCCACCCGGCGUACCUCAAGUUUCUGAAGUCGGCAACGAUUUCGUGAGCUUAUCGUGGGCCAAACCGAUAUCGGAUGGCGGAGGUCGUAUAACAGGAUACACCGUUGAAAAGAGAGAAAAAGGAACCGAUAAUUGGACUCCUUGCUCAUUGCAUCCACAAUUACAUCAAAUUCUCAAUAUAUCGAACCUAAUCGAAGACAGAGAAUACGAAUUCAGAAUAUUUGCUCAUAACGAUGCCGGGGUCGGUCCUCCCUCAGAAAAUAGCAAAUUGAUCAAGGUCAAGGAUCCUAACGCGCCCAUCAUUCCAGUUUUUAUAACACCGCUGAAAGAUAUAAAGGGAAUAGAAGGUAAGCAAGCCAAAUUUGAGUGCAGGAUUCAAGCUUCUAACGAUACAUUCUUCUAUUGGUUUAAAGGCACCCGGGAAAUAACUGAGGGCCAGAAAUUCUUCAUGGGUCGGGAAGGAGAUCGACAUUAUCUCAUAAUAAACGACAUUUUCGGGGAAGAUGCCGACGAAUACACGGUCAAGGCCAGCAGCGCUGCUGGUAGCAGAAGUUCUAGAGCUCAGCUGACUAUCAAAUCCGCCCCCAAAAUUCAUUUGCCCGCGAGAUUUAAGGAACCCGACAUACACGAAAAGGAUCAGGAAAUCGUGCUGAAAAUACCGUUCACUGGCUACCCUAAGCCGAAGGCUCAAUGGUUUAAGAAUGGCGAGGAAUUGGAUGUUUCCGGAAAUAGGAUUCAAUCGGAAACAUUGGAUCGCUAUGCUAUAUUGACCAUCAAACAUUCGACUAAAGGAGACGAAGCCUCCUACAAACUAUUAUUAGAAAACGAAAUAGGUUCUGAUUCGGAAAACAUCAACAUCAAAAUAAUGGACCGCCCAGACCCUCCUAGAUAUCCCGUUCUGGAGAAUAUUAGGGACGAAUCCAUAGUCUUGUCUUGGAAGCCCCCGAUCAACGACGGAGGCAGUUUCAUUACUCAAUACAUCGUCGAGAUACAAAAUCUUCCCAAUACCGAAUGGGUUCAUUGCGGUGUUUCUAGGUUCGCCACGCACACGAUAAACGAUUUAAAGCCGAAUCACGCUUACGCUUUCAGGAUAAAAGCGGAAAACUUUUACGGCGUUAGCGAACCGUGUCCGCCUACGUCCCCCGUUACCACCCAAGAAUCUAACGAUUUUAGGCGCCGCAGAACUAGCGGCUACGAAGAUCCCGAGACUGGUAGAUUCAUCAGAGGAAAAUUCGAAGGAAAAGUUGAUAAUUAUGAUAAAUUUGUUUUUGAUUAUCCCAGCAAAUACGUCGUGCCGCGGGAAGUUCGCGUGAGAGAUGGUCCCGUUUCGCAAUACUAUGACAUAUUGGAAGAGAUUGGAGUCGGAGCCUUCGGAGUAGUUCACAGGUGCAGGGAAAAGGCGACGGGCAAUAUUUUCGCCGCCAAAUUUAUCAAUUGUCAAACACCGCGGGAAAAGGAAUUGAUCAACAAAGAAAUCGACGUCAUGAACCACCUGAAUCAUCCGAAGCUAUUGCGCUUGCACGACGCUUUCGAUGACAGAGACGAGAUGGUCAUGAUUUUGGAAUUUUUAUCCGGCGGGGAAUUAUUCGAAAAAAUUGUCGACGAGAAUUACAGAAUGUCGGAGAAGGAAGCGGCUAAUUUUGUCAGGCAAGUGUGCGAAGGAGUCAAACACUUGCACCAAAAUAAUUUGGUUCACCUGGAUCUUAAGCCCGAGAAUAUUUUGUUGACGACCAAGAAUAGCAGGGAAGUCAAGAUAAUAGAUUUCGGUUUAGCCAGCUUUUUAAAUCCAUCCGAACCGGUUAAGGUAACUACUGGAACGGCGGAAUUCGCAUCGCCGGAAAUCGUGAAUAGAGAUCCCGUCGGAUUUUACACCGAUAUGUGGGCGUGCGGAGUUCUGACUUAUAUUUUAUUGAGCGGGUUAUCGCCGUUCGGCGGAGAAAAUGAUGUCGAAACGCUCAAAAAUAUCAAAAAAUGUCAAUUAGAAUUCGAUCGCGACGCUUUUUCGGAUAUAUCCGAAGAUGGCAAGGAUUUUAUUCGCCGACUGUUGAUCAAGGAUCCCACUAAAAGAAUGACAAUAUUCGAAGCAUUGGAUCAUCCUUGGCUCAAGAAUGUGAUAGAAGGCAAAGAAAGAAUACCCAAUUCCAGAUACAACGGAAUACACGAUAAAAUCCGCAAAAAAUACGAAAUUUGGCCAAACCCGAAUCCAUCGAUCGGAAUAAUCUCCAACUUUAGCUCCUUGUGCAAAUUGAGACCGGAAGAAUAUCACAUAUACGACAGCGAAUUCGAUAGAAGAGAAGCCGCUCCGCGUUUCAUAGUCAAACCUAAAAACGCGACGGUUAAAGAACGACAAAAAGCGUUAUUCGAUUGCACCAUAUUUUCUCCUUACCCUCCGAUCGUCACAUGGAAUAGGGAAGGCAUGGAGCUGAGACAGGGCGCUAAAUACACUAAAAAGUCUCACGGAGAUGAGUAUUCCCUGGCGAUAAAGAAAUGCAAAUCAGGUGAUCACGGAGAAUACACGGUCAAAGCUUCUAACACCUAUGGCAAAAUCGAACACACAAUAUUUUUGAACGUAGAAAAAACACCCGAGAGGACUUCUAGCAAAUUCGUAGACGCCUCCUUUAUCGCCGAUGAAUAUCACAAGAAACGUCAAUCGGAAUUCCAGGUUCCUUCCUUCAAAGAAGAACAAAUACCCCCUAGAUUCAGUUUCGGUCUCAGACCGCGUAUCGUCCAGGAAACUCAAGAUUUCAAACUUCUGUGCAGUCUAAUCGGAAAUCCUAUUCCUCACGUUGAAUGGAGAUUAAACGGCAGGGUUUUAGAGGAUUCCUGGCACACCAAUAUAAAACAGCUUUACGGAGUAUGCUCAUUAGAAGUUUCGGGAGCUACGCUCCAAGAUGCUGGUAAAUAUACCUGCACUGCUAAUAACGAAUUGGGCGAAGCUGAAACCCUAUGCAGUGUUAUAGUUGAAGAGCGAAGAUGGGCCAAGUUCUUGAAAGAACCAAGGAUUUCGGUGGUGAAAGAAAGGCAAGGUAGUUACACCUCUUUCGGAUCAGAGACCCCCAGCAUGAGAAGAUCUUAUAGCAAAUACAGCGAAAGGAGAGGUUCCGACGACCUUAAAUUACCCUCCCCUAUCAAGGAAAGACCAAGAAUUUCAAUCCGUGAAGAAGACAAACCAAAAUCCCGAAAAACGACCGAACAUGCCGUCGAACGCGCCGAGAAAAAAUCAUCAAAAGCGUCUCCUACUAACACAACGCCAGAAUUUAUCGAACCUUUAAGGGAUCUAGUCGUGACGGACGGUGAAACCGUUUUAUUCACUUGCCAAGUCACCGGAUACCCCCCUCCUACCAUCACGUGGAAAAAGGACAACAAAGAAUUACGCGAUUCCGACAUCAUAGAUAUACAAUGCAAACAAGGUGUCUGCACGCUGGGAAUCGUAGAAAUAUUCCCGGAAGAUGAAGGCACGUACGUAUGUUCCGCCACAAAUUCCUCCGGAACUACCGAAACUUCCUCCUAUCUCAAAGUUGAAAGUUAUACCAAUGACGAGAGAACUUUCACCGAAGAGCCGUCCGUCUCGAUGAUGCUUGAAUCUCGCCCAAAAUUCACGAUGCAUUUACAAAGCAAAUACGUCCAGGAUGGCCAAAAAGUGACCAUUGAAUGCCGUGUUGUCGGCAAUCCCAAACCAGAAGUGUCUUGGUUGAAAGAUGACAAGGAACUCAGGGAAGGAGUUUACUUCAAAUUCCAGCAAGAGAACGAUGUUUAUCGCAUGAUAAUCAGCGAGGUAUUCCCCCAGGAUUCUGGGAUCAUGAGUUGCGAAGCCUUCAACCCGCUCGGUGAAACGGCUAGCUUCAUGUCACUCUUCGUCAAAGCUUUAGACGAAGACGUUUCAGGGCCUCUAUUUAUCACAUUCCCUCAAACCUAUACAGUCGAAGAAAAUCAACCCGCCUUAUUCAGCACGGAACUUAAUCAAGAAGCUAAUGUUGUUUGGUCUAAAGAUGGCGUUGAAUUGAACAGCGACCGAUAUGUUCUAGAUAAAUCUGGCAAUGAAUACUUCUUAGAAAUAUUGAACUCCAGUCCUUCUGAUAUAGGGCUGUACAUCUGUAAAGCCUCGAAUGACAAAGGGGAAGUAGAAUGUGGUUUCGGUCUGAAUGUAGAAUCCGAAAAUGAUAUACUUGACAUGGAUGUCAAAUCGAUGAUCAAAUCAGUUCAGAACGGAAAAAGUUGAAAGAUACGAUACAAAAUAAACAGCUGUGAAGGAGAGGGAUUCGGAGAUGGACCUGCUCUUAAACGAAAUUUAAAACCACUUCGAAAAAAAAAUAAAUAAUAAUAUAACAAUAUACGAUUAUUUUUAAAUGAAUUAUUUAUU